UUGCAAGAAAAAGUCAGAUUGUAACAUUUAAAAAAAGAAGAAGCCGUUCUAGUUGCACAGAGGCAGACAGUGCCGUCGGCGGCAAUGGAUCAGAAGAUUCCUUAUGAUGACUAUCAACUCCCAGUGGUCUUCUUGCCCUCUUAUGAGAACCCUCCAGCAUGGAUACCUCCUCAAGAGAGGAUUCGCCACCCUGAUUACAACAAUGAGCUGACCCAGUUCCUCCCACGCACAGUGGUCUUGAAGAAACCUCCGGGAGCGCAGCUUGGCUUCAACAUUCGCGGUGGCAAGGCUUCGCAGCUGGGAAUCUUCAUAUCCAAGGUGGUUCCGGACUCUGACGCUCACCGUGCAGGACUACAGGAAGGAGACCAAGUUCUUUCCGUCAACGAGGUGGACUUCCAAGACAUCGAACAUUCCAGAGCUGUGGAUAUUCUAAAGACUGCACGGGAAAUCCUGAUGAGGGUCCGCUUUUUUCCUUACAACUACCAGAGGCAGAAGGAGAGGACUGUCCACUAGGGGGCGUCAGAGACAAAGAAAAAAGGUCAUUGUCACUUCGUUGAGCCUCUCCCAAACACACAACCCACUCUUCUGAUUUUCUCCUGACUUCUGUGGAGAAUUUAAUGGAGCGCAUUUGCAUAUCGAUAGUCACGCCAAUGUAUGAAGUCAAAGAGCGGCCUUUGAAUGAGGCAACGUCAAUGCGGUUUGCAGGUUCAGACGAGCUUAUAUGUUGGGAAACAACCGAGCCGCGUCGACACGCACGUGCGUGAGAUGUAAACGUCAAGGCCCCACUCGCCAAAUACGAAAAGACCGUGGUAGCUUUCUGUGGAAAUGAACUAAUCGACGAAUGAACGUAAACGUCAAGGCCACACGCGCGCGCACCACCAAAAAUGAAAAAGACCGUGGCAGCUUUCUGUGAAAGUGAACUAAUCGACGAAUGAAAGUAAACAAGGCCACCACGCACACCUAAUAUGAAACGACGGCGGUGGCUUUCUGCGAGAGUUAACCCAUCGACCAAGUCAAGCACGUUGGUUGCUCUUCUACAUGCAAUUUUCAACCUCGUGUGAAUGAACGGUUGUCUCUGAAUGGAUACCUUUUCGGUCUUCUUGCUGUGCCACCAGUUCUUUCCGGUCUUUUUUCUUUUCUUUGAUUUUUUUUUUUCUCUCAUCGUAGUCCUCUCGAAAAAUAAAUAUUCCAAGUCUAA